CUCGCCGCCUCGUCGGUUCUCUCCACCUCUCGCCGCCUCUCCGCUUAUCGCCACCUCUCCGCUUCUCUCCGCCUCUCCGCCUCUCUGCCUCAAUUUGCGAACGGUUUGUUUCUUUGAUUUGUCUUAGUCUUUGUUUCAUUAUUAAUUUUGUGACUUUGACUUGGAUCAAUAUUUGUUUGCUUGUGUGGAUUGACUUUUUGAUUAUGUGAACCGAUUUUAUUGAACAAUGUUAGUGUUUGUGUUUGUCUUUGUGAGUGUUACGAUACUGAUUUCGUUGAACAAUGUUAUUGUUUGUGUUCGUGACUGUUACUAUACUGAUUUCGCUGAACAAAGUUUGUGUGUAGUUGACUCUUAAUUGUCUUAGUUUGCUGAUUUGUUUGCGAGAUGGAGAUUGACUUGUUUUAAUUUGAUUAAUCGAUCUACUGUGUUUCUAAAUUUAAAUUUGAUUAGACAAUGGUGUUUGGUUUUGAUUAUUAUCUUGUGUUUGGCUCAGUUUCACUCUUACGUUUGUUUCGGACGUUUGCGUGUUUAUGCUUUCAUGUGAUGUCUUUUGGUGUUAACAACCAUGUGUUUUAUUAUCUUUUGUAGAUAUGGAGCUUGAGCUACCCAAACGAUUGUAUGCAGAGGGUUCAGAACCUCGGGUUAAGAAGAUCAACAACAGUUGCCGCAUGGAACUUAUCAGAGAUCUGAAGAAAGCUAUGUGUGCCGAGUAUGAUGAUGUGAAGAGAGAUCCAGUUUUCACACAUAUCAUGGCUAUUGCCGAAAAUGAUCUCAAGUUCUCUGGGAAACUAGUGGAUAGCUUCAUAUGUAGGCAGCUGAUUACCUCAAAGCUGCAUGAGAAGUGGUUUGUUUUUGCGAGGACGCCUCUCCGGUUUUCGCUUCAGGAGUACCAUGCCGUGACAGGCCUCAAGAUUACACGGGAAACUAACAGUGACGUAGUGAAAUGGAAAAACGACGGGGGUUUUUGGAGUAACCUACUGCACACAGGUGGUAAGAUCACCUUGCAGUCGAUCAGAAAGGUUCAUCUACAAGAAGUUCACACCUGGACUCGGCUUGAUAGGAUGAGGUUGAUCUACUUGUGUGUAAUAGUGGGUGUGGUGAUGGGGAGAGAUGAGAAGGUGUCCAUCCCUCAUAUGUACAUCAAGUUGGUGAUGGAUUUUGACAAGGUUCGGAAGUUCCAUUGGGGUCUUCACUCGUAUGAUUUCCUGCUGAGUUCGAUUGAGAAGGCUAGGAAGAAGUUGGGUAAGAAGGAGAGCUACAUUUUUGAGGGUUUUUCCUAUGCUCUCCAGAUUUGGAUUAUGGAGGCAAUUCCAGAUUUUGGAGAAAUUUUAGGCAGAAGAGUCUCAGACAGCUUCAAAGGUCCAAGGUGUGGCAAUUGGAAAGGAGUUGCAAAAGUUUCUUAUGAAGACAUCAUUGAGCUCGAGGACUCCUUAACUAACAAGGAUAACUUCUUCUCGGUCAUAUCAGUGACUGGUAAUGGUGAUGUGUUUCUAGAUGCUCAGUACACAAGGGAGGGUGAGAUGGAAGAUGAACGAGUGGACCUUGUUUUGGAGAGGAUCAGGAACAAGUAUGAUUGGAGCAGCACAGACUGGCCAGUUUUAGACCCUGAAGAGUCUAAAAUGGAGGAACCCGACAGCCAUGAUAGAGGGUCAGAAGCUGAUAAGAGCGUGGAUCAUACGGAUGUUGUAGCAGACGAGGAGACCUCUUCGGUUCAGGUUGCAGGAAAAGGCAAGAGAAAGUUUCUUGAUGAAGGAGCAGAGACAAGAAAGAAGAAGGUGCUGUGUAAGCGAUCAGCAGAAAAGUUUCUGACUUUUGGUCCUGAAACUAAGAGUUUCAUUGAGGGUCUUAUCCGCACAUCUGUCACUUCAUUGGGAGAUGUGCUCAGUAUGCAAAUGGCGAAUAUGGAGAGAGUGUUUACAGAGAGGAUGGGGAAGAUGGAGAUUGAGGUUUCACAGCUCAAGGACGCAAUCAGUUUGACUGGUGAAGGAAGCUAUCCUAGUAAGAAAGAAACUGAAGAAGCUCCACUAAACAGCAAAGCCAAGCAAGCUCCACCUAAGAGCAAAGGCGCUCAAGCUCCACCUAAGAGCAAAGGCGCUGAAGCUCCACCUAAGCGCAAAGGCGAUCAACCUACUCCAACAAAAAAGGACGGGAAAAAGAUUGCUACAGAAACUAAUGAUUUUGAUUUUGGAUUGAGUACACAAGACUUGCGGGACCUGUCCCAAGCUACAUUUGUUGACGGUUUUGAUCUGUCUCAAGUGAAAGCUGAGACGUCAAGUAAAUCGAAACCGUUUAACAUGGCUCCACUGCAGUGGAAUGAUGAGGAAAUGGAUCGAACCAAAGAAGACUCGCCAGAUGCCGCGUUGGUGUUUUUCCGUGAAGAGGAUUGGGAAAAAGUUAGAACUUGGUCAACUUCCUCUACACGUAUACGGAUUGGACCUGCCACUUUAGAUUUUGAGAUUGCUAAUCGUCUUAUGGAUAAAUCUGAGUGGUUAAAUAGCUUGGAGAUUGACGCUGCAAUGUACGUAUUCCGGGAGAGAACAUCUUUGAAACGAUGGAGACCUCAUCGUGUCGCCUUCAUGACUGUCGUCUUCAGCAAUAUGAUUAAAAAAGAGUAUGGUCAUUUAGAAGCUCAGGGUAGAAAGAGCUACAUGCUUCAUAAUUUGCUACUGCAGUUCGGUAAAGGAGUCCUUCCACCACAUGGCAGGACACAUGAGAUAUGGAAUAUAGAUGUGGAUCGCCUGUAUGUCCCUGUUCAUGUCAGUGGGAAUCAUUGGAUCGCCUUGUGCAUCAGUUUCGUGACGAGGAGCAUUGAAGUGUUCGACUGCUCGGGUAGGAAAAGGUACAAGGAGGUGGAUGGGUUCGCAAACCUUAUUCCGCGUAUUGUCAAGGCAGUUCAGCCUAUGAGACACCAGAAGGAUUUCACAGUCGGUGCAUAUACUGUUUCCUAUGUCCCCGUUGGGAAUCUGAAUAAAAGUGCAUGUGACUGUGGCGUCUAUGCAGUGAAGUUCAUUGAGUGUCAUGCGCUUGGAUUGGAGUUGUCGUUGUUGCAUGAUGGUAACAUUAUCGAAGCUCGCCACAGGAUUCUAUGGGAUCUUUGGGAAGCAGCUAAUGAUCCGGAAUUGAUUGAUAGGAUGUCAAAGUAUCAAUCCCCGGAGUGUCUCUCUUCGACUGUAGAGGAGAUUUUGUGAGACUGCUUGGUUUCAAGUUCUAAUGUAAUGAACAAGAUUGCUUAAUCUGAUGUAUAACUUCUAGAUUUUAUUAUCAUUUUUAGGAACAAGACUGCUUAGUUUAUUGUAUAACUUCUAGUGUUUAAUUAUGAUUUUUAGGAUUGACUCUUGUAAUCAAAUGUACAUCUUGUGGUUUUGUUAUUAA